GCAGUGUGUUGAAACUACUGCUGUGUUCUGCCAUAAUUCUGCCCAGGCUAGGCCAGUCAUCAACGUGGUAAACAGACUGUUUAUCUUUCUUGAUUCGUUUGCUUUUUAGAAGAGAACGGAGUUUUCAAUACCCAAAAAUGAAGCCCGGCUGUUCAAAAAAUGUGUUGGAAUUAAAAUGCAAUUUUCUUUGAAGACAAAAGUUGGUAAAAAUAAAAACCGAUGUUUCCACGUUCCUCUAUUUGCCUGGACACCAAGCACCUAAGUGCUGGACAUUUUUGCGUCAAUUUAUGUGAGGAAAUAUUCCAAAGUUAAUUAGCAAUUGGAAUUAGGCCUUUUAUCGUUGUUAGUCAAACCUGUAUCAGGUAGAAGUAGAACAUUCAGCACAGAAUAGAAAUUCCACUUUGUGAUAUCAGCUGCCAAAUGAUGCAGAAAUAUUUAUUUUUCUCAUAACUUUAUAUCAUGGUUUCCUGAACAGCUGGUUGCUUUUAGCUACAAAUUGACAUGCCACUUUUCUCUCUAAGCUUUCAUCAUAAAAAGACGAAUUGAAAAAGAUUUACUUGCAAACAGAACCCUUACGAAGCAUUUUGGUAAAAAAAUUAAAAUUUACUUGGCGUCGUUUCGCAAAGCCAUUAUUUAUUGACUCCGAUAUAAACAUUAAAGAACAUUCUGAAAUCUCGAUAAAUUCAAAAACGAAAGAUGAACUUUAAAGGGCACAAUAUGAGGCGAAAAAACGAACGCCCUAUUGUGAUGGAAUCUGUGACUUUCCAACCCAUAUUUUGCAGCUCACAGUUUGAUGGAAAAAUCUUGCGAAAACUGCGUGAAAAGUUCAACGAUCCAACACGGCAAAUUAAACGAGCUAGAAGAUUAUCUGAUACUUCGACGAUUUCUUCUUUGCGACUCAAGAGACAAACUGGGCAGAUGUUUCACAUCUUGAAGAAAGUGAGAGUUCCGAGGCCAACAUUCUGUGACUUUUGUGGAAAUAUCAUUUGGGAAGAAUCUGAUCAAUGCAAAGCUUGUGGUUUUCUCUGUCAUACAGACUGUUCACCCUUGAUUGUCACACUUUGUACUAAUUGGGAGCAAGAGCACCAAAAAGCUGAAUUGCGAGCAAGAAAUUACUUUGCCGAUGUUAAACGAGUGGAGCCACCACCAACUCCAAAGUCAUUUGUGGCGCAAAUUCGGCAUCAGGUUUCGAGAGGAAGGGCAAGGCAUGUGGAGGAUGCUUUUGAUUUGGACCUGACAUAUGUAACAGACCGUAUUAUAGCCAUGUCCUUUCCUGCGAGUGGCCUCGAGUCCACAUAUCGCAAUAGCCUAUCCGAGGUUGCCUCGAUGCUACACCAGAAACAUGGCAACAGAUACAUGGUCUUUAACGUCUCCGAGAGGCGCUAUGACAUAUCCAAGCUGAAUAAUCAAGUAUUAGAUUUUGGAUGGCCGGACCAUCUAGCACCACCAUUAGAAAGACUAGUUAGCAUAAUAAAGUCAAUGGACUCGUGGUUAUGUGCAGACGAACAGAAUGUUACCGUUGUCCAUUGCAAGGGAGGAAAAGGAAGAACUGGAGUUGUUAUUGCUGCUUAUACACAAUUCAAUAAAGUUUGUCCAAGCCCUCAGGCUGCCCUCGACUGGUUUGCACUGCGCCGAUUCUACGAUACCAAGUUUGGAGGUGUGACUCAGCCAUCCCAAAAAAGAUACGUUCAUUACUUUGGUGACUUGCUGGAAAGAAAGCUUCGAGUAAGAAACAGAAAAUUGCUUCUCUGUCACUUGAUCAUCCAUGGCAUACCGAAUUUUGACGGCAAAGGUGGAUGCAAGCUAUUUAUAAGAGUGCACCAAGGUUAUCAACAAGUUUAUGUCAGUGACGUAUAUGCUGCGACUCCAGACUUGGAAAGAAUAUGCAUAGACGUGGGCGAAUUUCCUUUAUCUGGAGAUGUGAUGGUUAAAUGCUCGCAGAAAACAAAUCUUCCAGCUCUUCAAGACACCAUCUUUAGAUGCCAGUUUCAUAUUGAUGCAAUCAAAGAUUAUAGCUUGAUUCUGUCAAAGAAGGAUUUGGACGAAGCAUAUAAAGAUCGGAGAUUUCCUGAAACAUGUACGGUCGAGUUAAUUUUCAAACCAAUCCCAGACCAAGAAUUUGAAGAGGAGAAUAUCGUCGCCGCUUUCACGUCAUUGUCUUCGGAUUCUGGCAUCGAUUCUCCUCUGAGAAACAUCACCAAUUCAAUGUCAAACGGUCAUUCAACGUUCCAGAUGCUGUCUAGCACAAUGAACAGUAAUCGAGGAGCUGAAAGUGACAGUAUGUCGAAAGGGAUCCAAGGCGAAUCGCUUGCUGUGCCUCGUCAUUUGCCAGGACCAAUCAAUGGCAACCCUUAUGCACUUGUAGAUAGAAAAUUAUUUGGUGGAAAAGGCUGUUCAAAGCAGCUGCAAACGCAGGAUUAUAAAAUGUCCACAACAGCACCAGGAAGGCAGUCAUCUGAUGUUUCCAGAGGAAUUAAAGACCUUGAUAAUCUACUUAGCGAGCUAGGCCACUUAAGCGCCACUUGCAAACGUGAAAAAUUUGUCGAUAAAGACGAGAAUUCUAAUUUUACCAGGAACCCGAAUGUAGCAAACGUGUUACCUACUAUUCAUGUUGUUAGCUCAGAAAACUUGAAUGCAAAGACGAACGGAACAGUCGAGCCUUACCGUGUAAUUCAAAAUCAAAUCGAGACCGAGACUCGAGUUAAGCCUCGUUUGCCUCCUCGAACCAGCAGCGUAGGGGCUGUUGAUCGUCAUGCUGGCGGAACCCUAAGAAGAACAGUUUCAGACGCUACCACCGAAGAAUCAAGAGUACUUCAUGCUCCUGUUAUAAGAAACCAAAGUAUCGGGUCAGACGAUGUUUUCAAUUCAGACGGACCUGUAUCACCGGCCAUCAGUGAAAUGCUUGAUGAACUUGCAAAGUCGCCACUUUCUCCGGAAAACGCUCGGCGGUUCUGGCACAGCAGGCGCCCUACAAACUUGUCAACAAAAUACGAUAACGUCAGCGAGAGCUCAUUUUCAGAGACGGACGAAGAAUCGGGUGAAUUCCGCCAAGGUCGAGUUAAAGAUCAUGUUAGACAAUUUAACCGAAUACUUUCGUCUCCUGAUCCAUCUAAAGUCGGUACUGGUGUCCCUAUGCCCGGACUGGUACAAGGUAUAAACUAUGAGGACAAGAUUUCCAAAUAUAAUUCCCGGUCGCUUGCCCCAGGCCAAUGCGGACCUGCCCCUGACCGGUUGUAUAUAGCCGGUAGUCCCCCGAAAAAAAUUGUUUAUGAUCAUCAGGUGCAGGUUGGAAAUCCGGAUGCCCCGCAAGUUUUUAUUCCGGCUUAUGCGGACAGACCGGCGGCUUACUAUUUGGAAAGAGCGAGAGCAGAGCAUGAACAACGUCAUUUAAUGCAAGGAAGCAAACUGAGUAAUGGACACGUCCCAAGGGACAAGGCAUCCAGUCUUUCGCCAGAGACCCCGCUGCAUGUCAAUGUCCACAGUAACUCGCCGGAGUUUCCAGAAGAAGCAAAUACGGUUGAAGAUAUAAGUGACGCAAGGCCUCGUUCUGACUCAGCCUAUGGAGGAUCAGUGAAAGGAUCUUCAGUAGCAUCAACACCAGUCGCCAUUAACUCACCCACGGUACUACCUAGCCCUCGAAAUGACAAUGGAAAAUCAUCGGGACGAGGCAGUCAUGCCUCCAGUGUUGCGAGUUUGGAUGACCAAGACUCGUCCGGCUAUGCCAGGAUAGAAGAUAUCGAUUCAUUGAGAGAAGCAGCUAAAGCAAGCUAUUCUACGCCGGAAGCAAAGAGACAUGGGAGUGAGGUUGUUCAAGAGCAAGCGGUGAUAGCAGUCUCACAUACUGUUCCAGAGGAGAGCUUUCCGGAGAGACUGAACAAACGUGUACCGGAGAUACGCAGUAACAAAGAUUUGUCGUUAGCUGUUUACCAAACAAACUACUUACCCGGACUAACAAAUGGACAACCGACAAUUUUAUCGAACAGUCAAAUUGAUAUAGAAGACCGGUUACCGGACCGAUUGCAAAAGACUGAACAACGCACUAGACAUGUACCGGAAACUCUUAAAAUCGGCACUGACUUGAAUCUUAACUUGGUUUCGCAUCCCAGCAAGUCGUCGUCCGGAACGUUAUCCCCGGACGGGGUUUUUGACCUGCAGAGUCCGAGAAGCCCCGACGCUUUGAAGAUAACGUCAAUCUGUUCAGAUGGAAGUCUUGGUCCUGGUAUCCACUUGGUUGAUUCGCCUCCAAGCCCGGCCUAUUCAGCGCGGUCCGACAGCUCGAGUAUCACACCGAGUCCGGUCAGAAGAACCGUAAGACAUCGAAUGAGAAGGUCAAACAGCAGUUCAUCGUCGUUAUCGUCCUCAGAACUAUUUCCUGACGUUGUACGAUACCCACAUGUUCGAUUCGACAAAGACAAUCUGAAGUUUUGGUACAAACCAAAAAUUAGCAGGGACGAAGCUAUAGCGCUUCUCAAAGACAAGCAACCUGGUGCGUUUGUCGUUAGGGACAGCCAAUCAUACGAUGGUGCAUUUGGCCUGGCUGUCAAGGUCGAAACACCACCAAUUGGCAUUCUGCAGCAAGCUGGAGGUGACUUGUCCAAAGUAAACCUGGAGAACGAACUCAUACGUCACUUUUUAAUUGAACCAUGCAAGCAAGGCGUCAGAUUAAAAGGCAAUAACAGCGAACCAGCUUUCCCCAGUCUGGUAGCUUUGAUAUUUCAACAUUCAGUCACAAAAAUGGCUCUACCGAUCGAACUUGUCUUACCAACUGAAGAUUUAGAAAACAACGACACUAUAGACGGUUUAACAGAACAACAAGUAUUAAAGAAAGGAGCAGCGUGUGAAUUAGUUUAUUUGGCAAGCAUUGAUGUCGAGGGACUGAGCGGAGAUGGAGCAAUCAAAUAUGCCCUUAACAAAGUGCUUUCCAACGAAAGUAAUGUAAAAUCUACAGUUGUAACCAUAAAAGUAAAUCAAGAUGGAAUCACGUUAACAGAUAACGAACGAAAGUUGUUUUUCAGGAAGCAUUUCUUGAUAAAAGAUACUCUCUGCUGUAUGCUAGAUCCUCGUGGUCGAAGAUUUAAUUUGAAAACAAUCAUGCCAGAAUUAGGACAGGAAGCUCCUUGUUUUGGUAUUGUGGUGCGCAAGCCGCAAAAUCCUUUGGAACACGAAUGCAUAGUGUUUGCUGAAGUCGACCCAGUGCAACCUGCGACAGCAGUCAUUGACUUUGUACAUAGAGCAAUGAAAAACGGCAAGAAGUAAGAAGAAUGUAUAUAUAAAAUCCCGACAUUCUUUUCCCUUGUGAUCGCAAAUGAUCGAUGUUGGUGUGCAUUUCGACCCAUGGGAGAGCUCGACGUGUGAUGGUUUGGGGCUGGAUAUGUGACGAUGUAUCAGAUUUUUGUAUUGUAAAUUUUUCUAUGCAUCAAAAGGAGCUUCCCCUAUUUAUGUCAAGAAUCAAAAGUUCCUGACACGUGGCAUGGACGCUUAUAUUAUUUAUUGGCCUAAAGAAGCAUGUAAACUGUUGAAAAGAGGUUUGCCUCCUUUUCAUUCGACUAAAGAUCAGCUGUUUUUUGAGUUGAUUUACGUGCAAUCCUUGUAUGCUCUCUGCAGUUCGUGGUUGAAUGCAUCGAAGCUGACUUUAUCGAAACGUCUUUUAUAAUCAUACAUUUGAAAUUUUUACUCGUACUCUCGUUUGAGAAAGUUUUGGUAUUUUGAAAAUUAUUCAAUCUUUGCUCAUAAUCCACAUUUUGCUUGAUAUACCAAUAAGGACAGGAGAGGUUUAUGGGCCAAUCAAGCUGCAAUCUACAAGUAAGAUAUUUUCCUUACUUAACUAGGGAAAGCUUUUCAAUAAGCAGUUAGGCCUUGCGUCUGCCAGCUUUUAUCCGAAACUUGUAAAGACAGACUUUUAAUUCAUGAAACAUCGUAUAUGUUGUGUCUUUCAUCCUUCCUGUUACUGUGACUUUUAACGCAGAUAAUAACCCUUUUUAUGAUAUAAUAUUAUAAAGGAUUUAAAUCUUAUUCAAUGUAAACGUGACUUCCGACAAACUGUGUAUAGCUCAACUGUAUGUAUCUCGUAUUUUUGUAAAAUGUAAGCUCUGGUUUACCAGCUGCUAAUAUUAAAAUUGUUAUUGUUGUUCUUAAACAGAAUAUCGUCAAAUUAGACUGUGUAACGCUCUUUCAAUUUUAAUCUAUAGCAAGUACCAUAGUUUUUGUGCCAACGUAGGAUUUUAGCCAUCAAGCUUGCUACACAUUUUGCUCUGUUACGCCCAAAUAACACAGAUCUAUCGAUAUUUCUCAGUCUCAUGCAUACACACCCACUGUUAGCAAGCCCCCAUUGACCCGUUUCGAUGUACACCCUCCCCCUACCCCCCACCCCCUCCAAAUUUUAACACUGCAAACAACCUUACCUCUAUUCGCGCCCAUGCGACCCCGUACAACAAACUUAUUUAUUUUUAUGUAUUUGCGAACACCAUUCCUCCGAAAUUUGGUGCCAACGUUUCGGGAUUGUGUAGACUUUGUGAUUCUAUUUAAUUUGUAAACUUGUAAAUUAGGUUACGUUAAAUCUUCCUUGGUAGAAGACGUAUCUUCAAUUUCAUAUCCAACUAUACAUUAAAAUGAUAUGCUGGGUUUUGUGUUUCACGUAACUCUGCUUGCUAAGGUGAGAAAGCUGCUAUAUCGUCAUGAUUUUUCUAGUGAUGAAUAAAAGUCUUUCCGCG